UGGACACAGCGCAGCCAAUCACAGGAGGCCAAGAGUGGCCCUCUCUCCUCCUUGGGAGUGGAUCCCAGAUCAGAGGGGCCCCCACCCCCACCGCCCUCCUCCCUCCCCUUCUGGGUGUGUCGCCGUUUGAAGCUUAAUCAGGAAAGUGUACCUGGCUCCUGGUGCUGUGGCAGGGAAGCCGGCCCAGAGGCUGCCGACGGCACCGCAGGGCAGGUGGGCAGCCCCGGAGAUCCCUCUGUCCCCCUGAAGGCCCGCGAGCCACAGACCCCUGGGAGCAACAGCAGCAGUGCUGACGGAGUGCUCCCUGGAGAGAAACAUUUCCCUGAGCUGAGCGGGCACACUUCUCACAGCAGCCGCCGUUGUGAGGCCCCGGGCGGCGGGGGGAUCCCCAAGGCCGUGAGGAACAAGAACCGGGCACCCGUGGCCCCAAGUAUGAAGUCCCAGGGUUAGUGCCCGUGGGAGGUGCCCAUGCUGGGCUCAGGAGGAGCCGGGGUGCCGAGGCCUGCUGCCCUGCCCAUGGGCGCCACGGAAGAAGGCAGGGGUCCCCGGAGUUCUGCGGCGCCACGGCUGGAUCGGAGAGGGAACCGCUGAGCCUCUGCCAGGAGCCACACUAAGGCCACAGCAAUGACUUCUGUCAGGGAGAUCUCGGAGGCCACCCCAGAGGGCGAAGAGGAGCCCUAACCCAUCCUGGUACCCCAGGGCCGCUGCUGGCGAUGUGACUCAUCCCUGUGGUUGGGACCGCGCAGAGCCCAGGCGGCGCCGAUUCGGGGAGGGUCUGCCUCUGGGUGCAGCUCCACGCGGCACCAUGAACAAUAACUUCUGCCGGGCCCUGGUGGACCGGCGGCCCCUGGCGCCCCCCAGCUGCAUGCAGCUGGGCGUCGUGCCCGCUCCGCGCCGGGCGCCCUUGCCCCCCGCCGAGCCCCUGGGCAACGUGCCCCUGCUGCUGUACCCGGGCCCGGCCGAGCCGCAGUACUACGAUGCCUACGCGGGCGUGUUCCCCUACGUGCCCUUCGCCGGUGCCUUCGGGGUGUACGACUACCCCUUCGAGCCCGCCUUCAUCCAGAAGCGCAACGAGCGCGAGCGGCAGCGGGUCAAGUGCGUCAACGAGGGCUACGCGCGCCUCCGCGGUCACCUCCCGGGCGCGCUGGCCGAGAAGCGGCUCAGCAAGGUGGAGACGCUGCGCGCCGCCAUCCGCUACAUCAAGUACCUGCAGGAGCUGCUGAGCGCG